GGACAGAUGCAAAACACAGAGAGAUCAAUGAUGCAGAAGACAAGAAAGCAUCCCCCCUAUCAUUGUCAACACAAGUGGACAUACAAAGAUUACCCUAAAUGUCCCAAGCGGCACCAGACUGCUCUGAGAUUGUCCAGACUGGCACUGGCUAUACUCAUUGCCAUAGUGAUAGGACUAACUAUUUGGGUAUGUCACCUAAGUAGUGAGAAAGGAACCAAAGAUUGUGAUGGCAUGAAUAUUUCUCCCAGGAAACAGCAGGACAAUACAAACUUCACAACAAAGUCUACACUAAACCUAUGCCCUAAUAACUGGCUGCAGAAAAAAGGGAAGUGCUAUAAUUUCUUAAAAACCUUUAAAUCAUGGACCGAUAGCCAAACAUCCUGUUUAAUGAUGAAAUCAAAUCUCUUGAUGAUCCAAGACAUGGCUGAACUGGAUUUCAUACAGAGUAAUAUACCAGAUGGAAUUUACUUCUGGAUUGGAUUGAACAUCACACACCCACAAAAGAUAUGGACCUUGCUGGAUGGCACCCCCUUAACUCUACGGUUUGUGCAUUCUCCAUGUCAGCUAUAACCUCCCAGAACAUAACUAUACUUCAGAAGAAUUGCCUUACCAGCUCUUCUGUGGUAUUGAAGACAGCAAGAGUGGCUGCGUGAGAGGCACAGAAGUUCUGACUUGCUGCCCAGGUUCUAGUAUUUUCGGAGAAAUAGAAGCACUUUCCUAGGUAACCAAUCCAGCCAUCCAAGCGUGACAUGCGUUCCAUGGAGGAUUUGUGUUUUUCAACUGCAAACGAUUUAAUGAUAUAUUACCUACCAAGGCGGUGGCGUACCCUAAAUAUUCUCCUCAGAGACUCAAUAGGAUUUAAUUUAAAACAAUGAUCUCAUCCCUAUAAAUGAAAUUCAUCAGAUUAGCUUUUGGCCCUUGGGUACGAUGAUUUGGGAUAUGACUGAUCAUUCUUUGUUUUUCUCCAAAUGAGGACAGACCCUAAAUGUUUGUAUUUAUUUUCUUGCUAAGUUGAAAGAAAUCCUUGGCAGAUGUCAUUCAUGUAGGUGGUGGUGUUGCUCAGUCAAGGUUCAUUGCUCUUCUCAAGUGACACACUCCUCCUAGGUGAGCGCACUCAUUCUCAUGAUGCUAUCAUGUUGAUACUGAUAAUUAUUAAAUUGAUCUGCCCAACCCAGCCUUUUCAUCCGAGAUCUCCUGUACACUAUUGCCUAAUGGACACUCAUUCAGUCAAAAAAACAUAUUUGUGAGUAUACACUAUGUUAAGCACUGUUGUGUGUGUUUAUUACAGACAUGGUACCUGCCAUCAUUGUACUAAAAGCCCAGUAGGGCAGAUAGAGAGUGAACAAGUAAUUACAAAUUCAAGGAAUGAUACAAAAGGAAUAGCCACAGGUGCUAAGAGAACAAGAGUUGAGGGGAGCUGGUCCAGCUCAGGGGUAGGGGUUGGAGUAGACAUUUCAGGUGACACUGUAAGGAUGCAGAGAGCUAGCUCACUAGAUGAAGAGUGAGGAAAGCACGUUCUCAACAAAGAGGAAGUGAAUGUGUAAAUUACUUACUGGAGUGAGUAAUCUUUUCACUUGAGAAAGGAAGAUCAGCAUGAGUGGAACAUAAUAAGAACUGAGGCCCGAAAUUGAUGAGGAGCUAGGUGUUGCUUAUACACGUGGUUAAGGCUUUACACCUUAUACAAAGGAUUGUCUCAAAAUUAUAAAUAGAUGAUGAUGUAUCAACCAGACUGAUGGCCUGUUGAUUCAUAAAAGUUCUUGUUUGAAGAAGAACAGAUUUGGGGAAAAGACAAGUGUUCAAGAGACUCUUAAAUACGGAGAACGAA